UAAAAGAGAAUAAGAAUAGCUCAAUUAAAAAAAUACAUUUAAGCUAUGGAGUGGUAUAACGGUAGGGCCAAGCGAAGCUCCGAAUCUGCUGGGCUUUACACUGCGCCUAACAGCGACAUGACGUACACGACUCCGCUGCGACUUACACCCUUGAAAUUUGGAAAUGGAGGGAAUUACAAUUACCCUCUCCUUCCACCUAGUUGUGGAAACAGUUACUAUGAUGUGGGGGGAUAUACUACUAGUGCGGGGCCCAGACUGACAUACUCGGCCGAGCUGGGGUCCUACUACUCGUCCCAGCUGCCCUUGUACUGUUCUGAUUGGGUGUAUUUUGCCGGUGCAGAAACUGAUUGCGUUGCUCUCAGUUCAUAUAAGGAAGAUUUUACCAAUAAAUUACAGAUUGUUCAUGGGGUUUCCUAUAGUGGAGACUCUCGUGAAGACUCGAAUGCUGACAGUGUGAGUAUGGGUUCCCCUGGUGGGCCACAAUCCCUUGAGUCUGAGGAUGGGUUUGAAUUUUAUAAAGUUGCAGAGAUACCAACUGAUUACCCAAUCACAAAUCUUCAAUGGGAUCCUUCCAUUGCACUGGGAGGAAACGGGAACACAGAGCGUCUUGCCGCAUCACUGGAGGUGUUCCGUUUGUAUGAAGUGGAUCAUGAAACCCUUGACCGCAAUAAUAACUUCAAUAUUUCUCAAACUCACAUUCUUGCUAAUAAUACAAACACAACUUCAGCAUGUGGGUCUUCGAAUUCAGGAACAGUUUCUGCCACCGGUAAUUCAUGGAAAAAUGACUCAACCACCAUCAACACGUUCCCACCGGUAACUUCUUUUGACUGGAACAAAAAGGACCCUUCUAUCAUCAUUACCCUGUCUGUGGAUACCACCUGUACGAUUUGGGAUCUCAAUCGAUCACAUCAACUCUCUACCGGUCUUAAUACCAAGACAGACACGGCAUCUGUGAAAACACAACUUAUUGCGCAUGAUUCAGAGGUUUUCGAUGUCAAGUUUAUACACGACUCCACCAACAUAUUUGCAUCGGUAGGUAAUGAUGGUUCCAUCAGAGUGUUCGAUCUUCGACUGUUGGAACAUUCAACCAUCAUCUACGAGCCCCCUACCACCGCUCCUAAAAGUGGCUCUGGUGUGAAAAGUAAUAAUUCACUGUUACAACACAACUCGCAUGCACUCUUAAAGUUAUCAACGUCGAACGUUGACCAGCAUCAUUUAGCGGCAGUUGGGGUGAACUCCAAUCAAGUAAAAAUCAUAGACAUGCGUAUGCCUGGUAUUCCAGUUGCCCGCUUGGAUGGAUCUUUUGAUGGGGUGAAUAAUGCAGCCAUUAAUUCCAUCAAGUGGCAUCCUAAUUCAAACUUCUUACUCACAGGGGGUGAUGAUUGCCAGGCCCUAGUUUGGGACUGUAAUUCUCUUCCUGCUGUCGGUGCAGGGUCCAAUGAACCUGCUGUGAUAGAUGUCCCUGUUUUGGGUUAUGAAGCUGAGCUGGAAGUGAAUAAUGUCUCUUGGAGAACAGGUCUGGGCGAUUGGAUGGGUGUAGUGGCUGGAAAGGGCUUCCAAGCUGUUCUUUUGUAACGUUAAGAACUAGCCAUACAUUAGCAUAGGCUGCUCUUUUUCUUUUUUUUUUUUUGGUCAUCAUUUCUGCCCUUCAAUCAUCGCAUUAUUAUCAUCGUCUCCUGCGUCUACAUAGUCUACGUGGUUUAAUAUACUAUAGAAUAACUAAC